UGCGUUUGGCGGCCCCUUUAACGGACAUUGGGCGAGAGGGCCGGGACGGGCGUUUCGGAGCGAAUUAUUUAUAUAUAUUUUUAAACGCGCUGCCGUCAUAGCGGAAGGUUACGGGAGGAGUACAGCGGCAGAAGAUGGCGGUGCUGAGGCAGAUUUACAACACGAUGUUCAAGAGGACGUCCGCCUUCGUCUUCACCAUCGUGGUGGGCGCCGUCUUCUUCGAGCGGGUCUUCGACCAAGCGGGAGACGCUCUGUUUGAACAACUUAAUCAGGGGAAGUUGUGGAAACACAUCAAGCACAAUUAUGAAAAAAAAGAGGAAGAAUAAUUAGAACUCAAUACUGCAAGGUGUUCUCCAUCUGGAAUGUUGCUACUGUUGAACAGCCCAAUACUACUCUGUCAUCGACCAGGACCAUUAACUUUAUCAGAUUGUCUUGGAACAGUCCCUGGAAAACAUGGAUUGAUACUGUAAUGGUACAAGUGCUGGGCCCAUUUGUUGAAAAUUAUUACUGGAAGAUGUAUCUAAAAUUAAACAAUUUAUCUGCCUUUAAUCAUUUUUUCCAUCCUGAUCACAAAAUAAAUACUUUCUAACAAGAA